AUGUCUAAUGAUCCCGCACCACGGCACAUUCUCAUCGUCGGCGCCGGUGUCUUCGGCCUUUCCACUGCUCUCUCGUUGAUCCACAAUCCGACGUACGAUGGCGCGCGGAUAACUAUCAUCGACAGCUCGCCCACGUUGCCCAAUCCGUCUGGGUCCUCCGUGGAUGCGAACCGCAUCGUGCGCGCAGACUACGCAAACAAGCAGUAUGCCCAACUAGCUUUGCAGGCACAGGAGCUUUGGCGUGACGGGAGGAUGGAAUCAUGGGGCGGGGAGGGACGUUACCAUGAGCCAGGCUUCGUGUUGACCGCGGUGGCAGAUCAAGAUGCGUACUUGGCAGGAGCGCUGUCCAACGUGCGCAGCCUCGCCCAGGAGGACAAGCGUGGGAGGAUAGACUUGGGCAAAAUCCAGGAAUUGCAUGGACGCGAUGAGAUCCGCAAGGCCACGGGCUAUGAGGGCGUCAGCGGCGACCACGGCUACGCCAACUUCAACUCCGGCUGGGCGAACGCUGAAGCCUGCGUCGCGUAUGCUUUGAGGCGGAUCAGAGCCGAGGGAGGUGACCGUGUGGACAUCCGCCCCAACACACGGGUGCAGAGUCUACUCGUGUCGGCGAUGGAGUGCAAGGGGGUGACGCUGCUUGGAGGGGAACAAAUCCAGGCAGAUCUGACUGUCCUGGCGGCCGGCGCGUGGACUCCCACGCUCAUUGAUCUGCAGGGCCGAUGUCUAGCCACUGGUCAGACCAUGGCCUUUCUCGAUAUCACCCAAGAAGAGCAAGCCGCCAUGGGGUCCAGACCGACCAUCAUCAACCAGAGCAGUGGGAUGUUCAUCAUCCCACCGCGGGACAAGCUCUUGAAAGUCGCGAGGCAUGGCUACGGAUAUCGAAAUCCAGUCAACAUCCCGAAGCAGACACUUCGGCCUGGCGUCGUGGAUGGGGCCGCCACUUCCGGGGACGUCGAAGUCAGUGUGCCGGACGUGGGCGUGCCCAUCCCUCUCGAGGCCGAGGAAGCCCUACGAGGGGCACUCCGCGAACUUGUUCCUCAUAUGGCAGAUCGGCCGUUCGUGCGGACGAGGAUCUGCUGGUAUUGUGAUACACCCACGGGCGAUUUUCUCAUCACGUAUCAUCCGGCGUAUAAGCGGCUUUUCCUCGCCACCGGCGGUAGCGGGCACGGCUUCAAAUUCUUCCCCGUCAUCGGCGACAAGAUUGUCGCGGCCAUGGAAGGGAAAGUCGAGCCCGAGCUGGCAGAGAUCUGGAGGUGGAGGAGUGAAGAAGAAUUGAAGGAAGUGAUCAGAAGGCAAGGGGAAGGAGAAGAGUUUAUUGCCUGCGCAGACGGGAGUCGAGGCGGACCAAAGGGAAUGCUCCUGGCGGAGGAGAUGAAGAGAAAGAGAGGUCUUGCUGAGCACAAGUCAGGUCUUGCAAAGCUGUGA